AGCCUUGGAUGAACUUCAGAUCUUCUGCACGAGAUACUACUUUUCCAGCUUCGAAACACUUGCAAAACGGAGUAGCUUCUGAAGUUGUUCCUUGUUUGAACCAACUCAGUUUCUACGUUUGGCGGGAAUUACGGAUGAUCGUUCAUUGCAGUAGGGACGUGGUUGUUUUAGACGAUGAAGAAGUUGACAAUCUUCUUGAUAUGUGUACUGCAGUAGAACUUAUUGAAAAUGCAAUCAGUGCAAAAGCUUGUGGAAGUCUGGUCUGUCCUCCACGUUUUCGUUUAGAAACAAAUAAUGGCGACCUUGUCUUUACCAGUGGAGCCGUUAUCCAUAGGUCUGUCGAUGUAAUGGGCUUUCGUGUCUAUAGUACUUUUCCAACGCCUACUUGUGGAGAAACUCAAGCAACAACGGUAUACGACGGCAAAACUGGUGUAAUAAAAGGAAUUAUAUUGGGGAGUAGAUUGGGCGCUAUGCGAACAGGUGCCAUUGGUGGUGUCGCCAUCAAACAUAUGUCGAAAGAAGUACCUUGUGAAGUCGGAGUUUUAGGUUCAAGUGUGCAGGCAGAAACACAGUUGAGAGCUUGUAUAGCAGUAAGAGAUAUUUCCAAAGUCAAAGUCUUUAGUCCGAAUCCUGGUCAUCGUAGUGCUUUUGUUCAGAAGUUUCGAAGACUUUGCGAUAUAGUGGCUGUUGACUGUGCAAAGGAUUGUGUACAGAAUGUAAAAAUUUUGAUUAUCGCAACGAAUAGUUCGUUACCUGUGUUUGACACCAAGUGGUUAUCACCAGAAGUUCAUAUCAAUAGCGUGGGUCCAAAAUUCAUGGAUAAGCAUGAGCUUCCAGAGGACUUGGUCACGAAAUGUGAAUAUAUUGCAACCGACUCAAUAGAACAGUUAGAAGCUUACUCACCGAGUCAUUUCAUAAAAGGAUUCUCUUCUUCUGUGCAGGUACAUGACUUAGGUGAAGUUGUAGGUUCCUCACAAACUUUCAAAAGAGGAAACCCAAGUAUAACUCUCUUUCUAUCUGCAACGACUUGAUUGAAAGGUCAAAAACAACUACAUGAUUA